AUGAAGACUACCGCAAUUAUCUACGCAUUCUUGGCUAUGACGGCCAAUGCUGGUCCUGUCAGUAGGCGCCAGGCUGCUGGAGGCAACCUGCAGACCUUCACUGGCAACGUCGGAGGAGCGACCGCCCCUGCUGUCACCAAUGUUGGUGGCGACAGACCAUUCAGGGUCGACGGCGUCGCGGACACAUUCAAAGCCGCCGCCGGCGCUCUUGACCGCUCAUGCUCCAUUCAGAAGAACGCCUGCGCUACAGCAGCCAACUCCGGCACCGCCGCCGACAUCGCUGUCUCGGACUGCGAUGCCCAGCAGCAGGAGUGCUCUCAGGCUGCUAAGACUGCCGCUGCUGCAGCUUCGCAGGACGCUCAAGCUGGGCAGGCAGCCCAGAAUGGCCAGGCCGCCGCUGGAGCCGCUGACAACAAGAACAAUGGCGGUGCGGCUGCCAAGGCUGGCAAAGGACAGCAAGGUGGCCAAAGUAAUAACGCUGGAGACAACCAAAACAAUGCGACUGCCAGCGCCGGUGACAACUCCAAGGGGAACCAAGGCCAGAAUGCAGACCAAGGAAAUGCAGCGGCUGGGUGCAACGCAGCAGCCGGACAGGCCGUAGGUCAGGAGAAUGCCGCAGCAGGAAAUGCAGCAGCCGGAGGAGCCGCAACAGGAGCAGCCACUGGCGCCGCGGCCGCGGGCGCCGUCGUGCUCCCAGAUGGCCGCAUCAAGCAGGACGCCGUGCCGGAGGACUUCAACGUGCUGGCGAGCCCCUUCAAGUCGGCCGUGGUCAAGGGCGACGGACUGAACUUCAGCGACAUCAUCACAUUCCCAGACAUCCAGCCUUCGAUUUUCGACGCAGCAGGCAACACCAAGGCGUUCGAGAUCAGCAUCAACGACAAGUCCAUCUUUGUGCCUCAGGGUCAGGCGCCUCAAGACCAGUUCCGGCGUGCGGAUCUGCUGCCCAGCAUCGCGUCGACACUCAACAACGUCUCUACCACCGGCAAGAAGACGAUGCACUUCUCUCUCCAGCAGGACGCCGCCAAGCCGCUCGCUCUCACUACCAACGAGUACCAGGUCGCGUUCCUCGAGACGGCCGACUUCGCAAGCCGUAUCUUUGACGUCCGUGUUGGCACCGGCACAACAAGCCCUAGCCUCACGGGUGGCAACAUUGUUGUGCUGGGCCGGUCUGGAGAUGCCAUCCAGGAAAUGUUUGUCGCGCCCUUCUCGGCGGACCUGCAGAACUUCGCCGUGACCCUAGACUUUGAUCAAAACACGAUGCAAGUCUUCCACAGCACAGGUCAGACACCUCUCGCCCAGGUCAGCGAGGCCGUGGCCAACGACAACUCGGGCAACGGCGAGUACCACUUUGCAUUGCUCAAGCUGGCCGACGCGCAGGGCCAGCAGGCGGCCAAUAUCGACGAGGGCCUGGCCUUUGCCGGCAUUUUCAUGGAGGACUCGGCCGAUGGAACUGUCACCUUGCAGUAG